CUCGCCGCGCCGCCCGCCACUUUUUCCCUGAGUAGUCGAAGCGUCAAGUCAAUAACGUUUUGCAAACGCCGAAAGUUUGUUGGAAAUCUAUUGAUAAACCGUUUUAUAUGAUUAUUCUCCAAUAAUGGCUGGUAUUAAAUCUCUUGCCGUGAGAGGCAUACGAAGCUUCGGUCCGGACAAGAACGACGAACAACGCAUCACAUUUCAAACCCCUUUGACGCUUAUAUUGGGUCAAAAUGGUUGCGGCAAAACCACUAUUAUUGAAUGUUUACGCUAUGCUAUCACGGGGCAAAUGCCUCCAGGUGGCAGUGAUGAGUGCUUUGUACAUGAUGCUAAAGUAAAUAAAUCAACAGAAGUCCUAGGAGAGGUCAAACUGGAGAUCUUAGCUCCAAACGAUGAACAGCUGGAAGUGACUCGCGCCAUGCGUGUGACUGCCCUGCCGGACCGCAAGGUGAAGUUCCAGACCCUCAGCUCGACACUGCGGCUGACCAAUGAACAUGGGGAGUCUAGGGAUGUCACGUUGGAUAUGGAUCUGAGGAUGCAUAAUGCUCUCGGUGUCUCCGAUGCCAUCUUGAACUCCGUCAUAUUCUGUCACCAAGAAGACUCAACUUGGCCGCUGGAUGACGGCUGGAAAGUCAAAGAGCGGUUUGAUGAGAUCUUCGACUCGGAGAAAUACAGCGAGUGCUUCGAACAUCUGAAAAAACUGAGGAAGGAAUACAGCCAUGAUAUUAAAUUGCUUGAACAAGAAGUAGACCAUCUAUUUGAGAAGAAAGAAGAGUUAGAAAAGAAAAAGCUUGACGUAGAGAGCAUAGAAACUCUGAUCACGGAGGCCAAUGCUAAAAUAGAAGAGCUGACCAAGGAGCUGGAGGAAGUGUCCGCUAAGUUGGAGACUAUUAAGACUAUGGAGAAGAGCAUUGUGGGUCUUGAGAACAAGAGGGAUAAGAUUAAAGUCAAGUUGGAGAAUUUCCAGACUCAAGAAAAGGAAUUGAAGAUCACCAUCAAAUCUUUGUUUGAAGGAACCGUUGAAGAAUUAAAUGAAAGCAUUGCGACCCACGACCAAACGGUAAGAGACAAACAAAAAGAGCUAAUAGAGAUCUACGAGAGGAAGUCGGCCUUCGACAGAGAGAGAGAGAAGAUAGAGAACGAGAUGACAUACAACAAGGUUAAACUAAACGAGUUCAACUUCCUGGAGAACCAGAAUAAAGAAAAGGUUGAAAGGAGGAACAAGUUGAUUGAAGAGGCUCUGGUGUUAGCAGAAAUGGAAUCAAAGGAGAUACAUUCAGAAGAAGAAGCAGACAAGGCCAUCAAAGAUCUCCAACAGAAAGUGAAAGAGCUGAACAAGGAUCUGACCACUACCCAAUCCCAGGCUGACGAUGAGGCCAACAAGUUGCAGUCUUACGUGAACGCUUGUAGAGAUGCUUUGUCGCGACACAAGGAGAAGAUAUCAAACAAGGAGUUGGAUAUAGAAACGGCCAAGAAGCACAUUCUGAAGAAGGAUAACGAAAUUAAUGAUGCCAACGUGUCCCGGUCCCGGCUCGAUGAAAUCGAGGCCAAGUUGAAGGCAGCUGAGGAGGAACAUCAGGCUGCCAUAGAUGAACUAAACACUGAAGAUCUACAGAAGGAAAUGAAUGAAGACGAGAAACUGAUUGAACAAAAUGAAAAGGAGCUUGAAGAGUUGAAUCAGAAGGUGACCAAACUCCAAAAGCAAAGCGCCAAGAUAGCCGAACGCGACACGAUAGACCGCUCAAUCAAAGACAAACAAGAACAGCUAUCCGAUCUCCUAUCAAAACACAGCGCAACCAUCACAGAGUUGCUCGGAGCCUUGCCCGAGGAGAAUUAUGCUGUCGCAGUGAAUAAGGUUGAGGCAGAGUGGAGAGCGGAGGUGAAAACUAGCAAACAGAAGCUGAAGGAAAAACAGAAGGAGUUAACCAGUCUGGAAGCGGAACGCAAGACAGUAGGCGAGAUGCUCUCAGAGAAACGCGCUGAGAUCGUCAAAUCCGACGCCAAGAUCAAGAAAGCUUGCGGCAACCAAACCUAUGAUGAUACACUUAAGGAGCUCACUAGUCUACUAGAAGAUUUACAGGAAAAACAAGCCGUAUUGCAAGCAUCAACUGUCGUCAUCGAUAAGUACAAGUGUUUGCUGAAAGACACCAACUGUUGUCCGCUGUGCAACCGAGGGUUCAACUCUGACCAUGAGGUGACAGACCUCAUAUCCUCGCUAGGAAAGCAGGUGUUGAACGUUCCCGCCGAACUGGAGAAGGUGACAGAAGAGCUGCAACGCACUUCAGCCAAGAAGGACGAGCUACUCGCCCUCAAGUCCGUCAGCGGCAAGAUCUCCGGCUUGAAAGACAAGGAGAGGGAUAUAGUGACGAGGCUAGAGGGACUUGAUGAGAGAAUCAAAGGCCUCCAAACAACAGUUGAAGAGCUCACAGCAGCGCUAAAAGAGCCCGAACAGAAACUGCAGAACCUCAAGCAGAUAUCGGGACACAUGCCGCUCUUGGACCGGUACAAAACUGAGAUCGCUAUAUCUACUAAGAAAUUAGAAGACAUCCGCUCCCAAUGCGACAACGGAAUAGACACCGACAUGACUCUAGAUGAAGCGACCAGCCGCCAGCGCGACCUGCGACACGAGACCAGCACGUUACGGACCAGGGUCCGGACCAGUCAGAAGAAACUCAACGCUCAUGUUCGCAAGCUGCAGACCAAGGCUGAUGCCAAAAGCAAGCUGAAGGAAAAGAUGCUCAAUAUACAGAAGAAGGUCCAAGGCAUUUGCACUCUCCAAGAGGCGGUGAAACAACUAGAACAAGACAAGGACCGCUACAAUGAAGAACUGAAAGAGUUUCAGGCGGCCACUGACGGCUUCAGGAAGGACUUGCAAGACAAGGAGGAUGCUAAGACUGAUGCUGCCAAAAAAAACAGAUUAAUAAUAGAAUCGAAGCGCAACUACAUCGCCAAAGUAGUGAAAGCCGUGGACAGAAUCAAGACAGUACUAUCCGAGCUACGGCAGCACGAAGAAAAGAAAAUCCCGCUGCAGAUGAAGAUGUUCAAUGAACUGAACGACAAGCUUUCAGACAAGAGGAAACAGAUACUCAUCGAUGAGAGCGUGCUGGGGAAGCGGAGGCAUAUCUUGAGGGACGAAAUUGCUAAGCAAGAGCUCAACCAGCGAGACUUGGCCGACAACCUGAAACUCCGCGGCAUCCAGACAGAGAUAGGAAAUUGCGAGAAAGAGAUCUCCGAGAUAGCGGAGAAGACCAACGGUUUCAACAUGGACCUGCUGAAGGAAAAAAGCGCUCUUGGAGCCAAGGAGAAGCAGAUUAGCAAGGAAAAGGAACAGAAUAGAGGAAAAUUGAGUGCGCAUAAAGACAGACUGAAACAGUGCAAGCAAGACUUACAAAACAUGAUAGACGAAGGCAUAGAAAAGACCUACAAGGAGAAAUACUACCAGCUCACGGUGACCAAGGCCAUCAGCAAGGACAUCAAAGAUUACUAUAUGGCGCUGGAGAAGUGCUUACUAGAAUUCCACAAGGAAAAGAUGAAGAAUAUCAACCUUAUUGUAAGAGAAAUGUGGAGGAAGAUCUACAGAGGAAACGACAUAGACUAUAUCGAGAUAAAGACUGAUGGCGGCUUAACGGACGACGCGGACCGGUACAAAUAUAACUACAGAGUGGUGCAGUGCAAGAACGGCGUGGAGAUCGACAUGCGCGGGCGCUGCUCGGCGGGACAGAAGCUGCUCGCAUGCCUCAUCAUCCGCCUGGCGCUGGCGGAAACCUUCAGCACCAGGUUCGGCGUCCUAGCACUAGACGAGCCAACUACAAACCUGGACCAGGAAAACAUAAAAUACCUGUGCAUGGCGCUCAACGAAAUAGUCCAAGAGCGAAUGGGCCAGAAGAACUUCAUGUUUAUCAUUAUCACGCACGACAAGGAGUUUAUCGACUCGCUGGGACAUAUCGACCAGGUGUCCCACUACUAUGAGGUAUCGAGAAACAACAAGGGAAAGUCCGAGGUGAAGAAAGUGUGCUUCUCUUAAUGUGCAAUCUCAAAAUUUAAAAAAACUAUUGUGGAAAACAAUUUUUCACCCUGGCAGUGAUGUUUUUUGAGGGCAGUAAAUGUA